UGAAUGAAAUUAGAAAAAGUCGGCGCACGCGCUGCGCUAUGGGAUGGGAAUUCGUCGAAGUGACCGUUAUUUUACCGUCAAAAAAUGAUGAGAGCGACCUCUGGCGGAGAGCGUUUGAAACAGGAUUUUUCGAACACACGUGCGGAGUUCAGAGGUUAAGUUGGACAUUGCACGCGCUGUGUUGUUUUUGUUGGGGAGAAUUAGUUUUUUGAGGAAUUUCGCGAAGAAAGAGGUGUGAUUAGCAAUCAUGUAUCUGAUGUACUAUCUGGACACCAACGGUGAUCGUAUUUACACGUUGAAGAAAAUGGAUCCGUAUGGAAAACCAACACUGUCAGCACAUCCUGCUCGAUUCUCACCUGAAGAUAAAUACUCCAGGGAGCGUAUUACUUUGAAGAGAAGAUUUGGCUUACUGCUCACACAAAAACCAUUACCAUCCUAUUAAGAAAUCUAAAUUAAGUCUAGUUUAAUUAUUUUUGUAUUAUAUAUUAUAUAAGAAAACCGCAUUGAAGGAUCUAGUUUGUAUGUGUAAAUCAUGCACAAUUGUACCAAUAGCAGUCAGUAAGAAUGUGAUUUAUAAUGCAAAUUAAAACUUUAUUGAAUUUAUAAACAAUUUUUUUUUCAUUUUUGCACUCAUUACUUUUACCUUGUAAUAGUAAUAGGAAAUAAAUUAGUGAAUAAACAAAAACAAUUGAAAUAUA